GUGUACAGUUAGACACUAGACAGUCAAUUCAAUUUGGACAAUCAGUCAUGUGUUCAGUACGUGAAUUUAGAAUUAUGUUUUGAAUUAUGCAACGAUAUUUUCUUGUCUACAACACCGGAUUAAUUAAAUAUCGUAAAGUUCAGGUCUUGCAUCAGAAAAUUCAAAUUAAGUCAUCCUAACCUUUUUACAAAAUUGUUUUUUAAACCCAUUAAAUAUGAGUCUUUUCACUUCAUUUGUUGGUGGUGUUAGAAGAUUAAAUCGUGUUUCUUUAGUUAAAUCAGAAAAAUGUAUAUUAUUGAGACGAGAAUAUUCCACACGGGAGUUGCUGAAAGAAGCAUAUUGUCGCACGAAGUUAAAAUGCAGAUCCAAGAAAUUGCCCCAAGAUGUAAAUCCAAAAGGUGUUUUCGCCUGUAAUGAACUGGACUUGUCAGAAGUUAAAGUAUAUGGGUUUGAUUAUGAUUACACCCUUGCCCAUUACAAACCUACCCUGGAACAUUUACUAUACAAUCUGGGUAGAGAAAUCUUAUUGGAAAAAUACAAUUAUCCACCAGAAAUAUUGGACUUGGAGUACCGACCUAACUUUGCAGUGAGAGGUCUUCACUAUGACAUUGAAAAGGGCUUGCUGUUGAAACUGGACUCUUUCUUACAAAUACAGUUUGGUGCAGUAUAUAGAGGCCUAACACCUGUGUCAACUGAAGAAGUGCUCCAAAUGUACAAGAAUAGAAUAAUACCAAUAGCAUAUGUUGAGGGAGAUAUGAGAGCACACAAAGCCAAUAGAGCAAAGAUGGUUCAUUUAGCAGAUUUAUUCUCUGUGCCAGAAAUGGGAUUAUUGUGCAAUGUAGCUGAGUAUUUUAUCAAAAACCACAUUGAUUAUCAUCCGGAAAUUCUAUUUUUGGAUGUUAAGAACUCAGUACAAAGUUGCCACCCACUGAUGCAUAAGAUAGUGGCACAAAAUGUCGAAGAAUACAUUAGGCCCAAUCCAGACUUGAGAAAAUACUUUCAAAUGCUCCAAAGUAGUGAGAAAAAGUUGUUCCUAGUCACCAAUAGCCCCUUCCAUUUUGUAAAUGCCGGUAUGGAGAUGUUAGUGGGCCACGAUUGGCGCGAUUUCUUCGACGUGGUCAUAGUAAAUGCAAACAAGCCCAAGUUUUUUACGGAAGUAUCAAGGCCAAUUCGAGUUUUUGAUAAGAACGCCAAUACUCACAUAUGGGAAAAGGUCACGUCGCUCGAUAAAGGCAUUAUUUAUUACGAGGGUACGGUGAAACAGUUACAAGACCUGACCGGCUGGAGCGGCCACCAAGUGCUGUACUUCGGCGACCACCCCUACAGCGACCUCGCUGACGUCACGCUCGAGCACGGCUGGCGGACGGGGGCUAUCAUUAAUGAGUUGACGCACGAGAUCAACACGCUUAACACGCGCUCAUUCAAAGAAAACGCCAAUUGGCUACAGAUGCUCACUCAGUUGAUUGAGGACCACCAGGACUAUAAGGAACCUGAGGCGAUUCAGGUUUUAGAAGAAUGGAUGGCGGAGAGAGACUAUCUCAGGAGUUAUUAUAUCGCUUCCAGGAACGACAUCAAGGCAGUGUUUAACCCACAGUUCGGUAGCGUAUUCCGGACGUACCACAACCCGACAUACUUCUCACGGCGACUAUUCAGAUUUGCUGAUAUUUAUACCUCAAAUAUCACUAAUUUACUCAAUUACUCAUUAACUCACACGUUCUAUCCCAGACGUGGCGUUAUGCCACACGAAUAUGGCUCAUAUUUCGUAUAGUUUUAAGAUUAAUUGUUUAAAGUAAAAACUUUAAAAGUAGAUUAAGAUCAAUUGUGUUUCGUUGUAUAAAGACUGGAAAGGAGUUAUUAUACCAUUUGUUUAGGAGAUGUUUGACAUUUUAUAGAUGAAUAUUUUUACAAUUUAAAGUGAUACCGAAAUCGAUAUAUCGUUAUUUCUGGUAUACUCAUAAUUUUUGGUAUAUUUUACAUAAGCAAAUUUUGGAAUAUGCGUGAAAAUUAUAUUUUCUUUUGUGGAAUAUUACUUUUCUUGUUGUUGAUAUUUUUGUUGAUAAACUGAGUUUAUAUACAUGUUAUACAGUAUAUAUAUACUAAAUACAUUAAGUAAUUUUAACUUGGGGCUACUUAUUGGAUUUGCUCAUUUUGAUCGGCUUCUUGUGUUCAUUGUUUAGAAAUCGAAUCAUGUCUUUGUAGAAUAUAAGUAUUCAGCCAACUAUAUUCUAGUCAAAUGUAUUUAAUACUGUCUCGUUAAAGUUAAGUUUGAAUAUUUUGUAAUGUUUAUAGUAUACCUGCUAAGUUAACAUAAUUGUAUAAGGUGUUUUAAAUCAUUCAUUUUAGAGUAAAACAUAUUUAUUAUAUUUUUUAAUUUAAUAUUUAUGUUAAUUUACCUUAGACAUAUUUAUUUAUGGCAGUUUUACAUGCAUAUAAAUAUAUUUUUGCUGCAAUUUGUAUAUUUAGCAGUUUUGUGAAUAAUAUAGUCUCCAAUGCUCUGUACAUGGGCCAUCCUCCUUGAUAUUCUCCAGUGCUUUCCAAAGUGUAUAUUUGGAGUGUCAAUUCAGUGUUGUGCCCCACACAAUGAUUAUAUUUUUUCAUUCUUGAUUAACGAGUCGGUGCCAGAUCAAAGUUUUCAGUGGAACAGAAGGAGUUAAGGCUCCUGAUAAAAAAUACAUUAAUACCACUGGAUGGCGCCAGGCACUGGAAAGUGGAAAUUAAUUUUACUCUUGAUUUUUGUUUUUAUUAUAUAUAUUUUUAUUUAAGUCUCUAAGGAAAUAAAUCUCAUACAUCAUUAUACGAAAAUACAUUUAUGCAAACUUAGCUUUAGACCAAAACAUAUCUUUGUCAAUUUGUAACAUCAUACCUACAUUAUACAAAAUAUAGUUAUAUUUUAAAAUUACUAGCAAAUUUCACAUGACAUGAUGAAGAUAUGGAAGUAUUAAAUAUCACGUUUCGCUAUUUAGAAGAAUUUUAUUUAAAGUUUCGAUCGAUAUACCCCGAAUAAAAUGUAGUCAUUUUAUGUAUAUAAUCUUAUGUAUUAUAAAAUCAUUUGUUUUGUUCGAAUGAUAUAAAAUAGAAUAGGCAUGUUCUGACAGAUCCGAACUACAUUCAGCGACUGCUAUUUGAUAGAAUCAGUAUUUUCGGAUGCAUUUUACUACUAUACAAAAUAUACAACAGCUUUACAAGUACUAUUUAAUCAACUUAGUAGCUACUUUUAAAAUCAGUAAUGUUUUUGCCUAAAUAUCCAAAAGUGGACAACGUAGUGAUUCUCUUUAUGAACUGUCUGUAGUUAUUAUACAAUAUGUCUAAAUUGUUGCAAAUUGAAGAUUUUGAUUACAAUCUUCAAUUUGUCUACACAUAAUAAUGUUCUAAGUUAUAACAAAAACGUAGAGUUCAGCAAGCGUUGAAAUUAAAAUUCAAGUAGUUACUGUAAUACUGUAAGCCUUUGUUUGUUUUUAAUAUGCAGAUGAUUAUUGUGCCAUUACUUGACUCAUAAUAAACUAGACAAUAAAUCAUUGAAAUAUCAA